AUGCAUGUUCUGCUACAGUGUUGUACAGUAGGCCUGCUUGUCGCUGCUGCGGUGGCAAAUCUACAGUCGUGGAGUGAAAGGUCAUACAUUGGCAGACCUCAUACUUUUGGGUGCAAUUCAACACUGAACAAUGUCUCCGUCUCCAGUGACCACAUCUUGUCCUGGACAAGACUCGGCAGCGAUCUCCCGCUCCAGACAGACAAGAACUACGAGUUGUUAGCUGACAGUGGCGUCGCCAACAUGUCUUUAACAAUCAGGAGCGUGACCUCAGACAUGGCGGGAAUUUACUUCUGCCACAUCAGGAAUCAGUCCGGAGCUGAAGUUGACCGUGUCGUCAAAGGAUUGAACUUGGCAGGACCUCUGUAUGAUGAUAAAUUCGAAGAGUACAAAUCCAACGUCAUUAGAGGUGUCAUCUCCGCAGCCUCAGUUUUCACCUUUGUGGUCGGCAUCUGUGUCAUCGACCGCUUCAAGUACCUGACGAUCGAGCAGAAACAGAAACGGCGGGAAAGGAAAGAGGAGAGGGCCAGACGUCAGCAGCAACAGCAGCAAGCCAAAAAUGGCGGGAUAGAUAACUUGGCUUUGGAGGAUGGACUACCAACUUCCCGGGAACAUGAUGGCAGUGCGCAUAGAAAAAUUGAAAGCAACACGCAUUUAUAG